AUGUAAGACGAAGAAAAAAUAUUAGAAUAAUUAAAAGAACUUGAUAAAGCAUAAGACAAAAAUCCUGUAUACUCUAUUUAUCUAACUUAAUCUAGGUAACCUUAGCAUCCUUGAAAACUUUGAAGUCUGCAAUCUAUAACAGAGAUGUUGAUUUAUAGACUGUCGUGAAAUUAAGAACCUUAAAUGAAACUACAUUGAAAUCAGAGAAUAUUAAAAUUUAUUUCUGUUCUCUCUGUGGAAAGAAGGCUAUUGGAGCUAAUAUUGGUUUAGAUACCCUUCCAACCAGAAGAUCAGAUAAUAGUAUUGCGAUCAAUUUAAAACAAAUAUUCGUCCGAUUGUUCCUGAAAUAGGAAGGAAUCAAAUAUAUAAAGCGAUCUAAUUGUACUAUUAUGUCAUAUUUUAAGCUGUUGAGAAACAAUACCGUUGGUGCUGUGAGGAAUGUGGGGUACAUGUAGCUUAUCAAUGUGUAAGCUACGAGGAAGGUGCUUAAUUAAUUUAAGGGAAUUCAGACAUCUAAUUAUCAAAUAAACCAUAUCUAUAUGUGCUUAAUGAUGCAAUUGUUUUAAAUUAAUAAUUUUCAAAAGUUCAUAGUGAAAUUGCUAAACUCAAAGAUCAAAUGGAAUAUGAAUAAUUAAAAUGAAUUAAAU